UGCCCUUUCCGCGCUGCUACCCGGCGUAGGCGCGGUGCGGAGCCGCAGCUGCCUGCCCGCCUUCACCCAUGGCCGAUAUGGAGUUCUUCGGUGCCCAGCAGCCGCAGCAGCCGCCCGCCGGGAACGGCAUGCCCGACGGUGGCGAGGAGGAUCCCGCCGCAGCUUUCCUGGCGCAGCAGGAGAACGAGAUCGCGGGCAUCGAGAACGACGAGGGCCACGGCAUCCUGGAGAACGGCGAGGUGCCCGAGGAGCUGCAGGAUCCCGAGGGCCUCGGCAUGGAUGCCGAUGUUGGAGUGGUUAACGGGCAUGACUGUCAGGAGAGUAAUGGUCCCACAGACUGCUAUGCUGCCAUCUCCCAAGUAGAUCGACUGCAGUCAGAACCAGAAAGUAUUCGUAAGUGGAGAGAGGAGCAAAAGGAGCGCUUGGAGCAACUUGAUGCAAACUCACGAAAGCAGGAAGCAGAAUGGAAAGAGAAAGCAAUAAAAGAAUUGGAAGAGUGGUAUGCAAGGCAAGAUGAAAAACUCGAGAAAACAAAAGCCAGUAACAGCACAAACAUAAAUCAUCCUUGCUACAGCCUAGAACAGGCAGCUGAAGAAGCCUUUGUGAAUGAUGCAGAAGAAGUUUUUCCGGGCACUGAGUGGGAACGUGUGGCUCAGCUCUGUGACUUUAAUCCCAAGUCUAGUAAGCAGGCAAAAGAUGUGUCCCGCAUGCGUUCAGUCCUCAUCUCGCUCAAGCAGGCUCCACUGGUUCGCUGAAACAAAGGUCACACUUUGGAGAUGGAGACACUACAAAUGCAAUAUCUUAACCUUACUCAGAGAAGCUAUGUUUGCAGUAAUUUGAUUAAUUGUUUCAAUGUGUAUUUUUGGACCACAUCAUGAUGUAUCUAAAGCUGAUCAUCGUUUGAUUGCAUGUUCUUCCUGAUGUUUCCUUUCUGUGUCUGAAAUGGGAGAACCUCCAAAACUGUAGUCUCUGUGCUGUUGUGCACUGAGGUGUCACUUCCUACAUUACUGAUAUUAAAGAUCUGUUAAACGGCAAAA